CCAGCCAUCCCUUCUACGCUCUCCCCGUUCCCGUGUCGUCCUCCCGACAAAGAGGGAGCCGCUAGGGUUUAGCGGCUUCCGCGUCUGGGCGAGGGCUUACCCGCGAGGGACGGCGCGACGCGGCGGCACUUGAGCUAGGGUUUAACCCUCCGAUCCCGUUCCUUUCCCGGCGAGGCGAUGGACGAGGCGGCGAUUGACGACUUGAUCCGGCGGCUCCUCGAGGCCCGCGGCGGGCGCACCCCGCGCAACGCGCAGGUGACUGACGCCGAGAUCCGGCGCCUCUGCGCCACCGCCAAGGACGUUUUCCUCUCCCAGCCCAACCUCCUGGAGCUCGAGGCCCCCAUUAAGAUAUGCGGGGAUGUCCAUGGCCAGUAUUCAGACCUCCUUCGAUUAUUUGAGUAUGGUGGCUAUCCACCAGAUGCAAAUUAUCUGUUCCUGGGUGACUAUGUUGAUCGGGGGAAACAGAGCAUAGAAACAAUAUGCCUUCUCUUGGCGUACAAGAUAAAGUACCCAGAAAACUUCUUUCUUCUCAGGGGAAACCAUGAAUGUGCCUCGAUCAACCGGAUAUAUGGGUUUUUUGAUGAGUGUAAGAGGAGAUUCAAUGUGCGUAUCUGGAAGAUAUUCACUGAGUGUUUUAACUGCCUCCCAGUGGCUGCACUUAUUGACGAUAAGAUCUUUUGCAUGCAUGGGGGGUUGUCUCCUGAGCUAAAGAACAUGGAUCAAAUACGUAACAUUUCUCGUCCUGUGGAUGUUCCUGACGUUGGUCUUCUAUGUGAUCUGUUAUGGUCGGACCCUGAUAAAGAGAUUGUUGGGUGGGGUGAGAAUGACAGGGGUGUUUCCUACACCUUUGGAGCUGACAUAGUUGCUGAGUUUCUUCAGAAACAUGAUCUAGAUUUGAUCUGCAGGGCUCACCAGGUCGUAGAGGAUGGCUAUGAGUUUUUCGCAAAUCGCCAGCUUGUAACAAUAUUCUCAGCACCGAACUACUGUGGAGAGUUUGACAAUGCUGGUGCACUGAUGAGCAUCGACGACUCCCUAGUAUGCUCGUUCCAGAUACUCAAGCCUUCUGAAAAGAAAAGAAAAGCAGGAGCUGAGAACAUGCCAAAGCCCGGUACACCUCCCAGGAAGAUAAAAAUAAGUGUUACCCGCAUUUAGCCAGAUUCUCGUUAUCAAACUGGAUUUGAGAAGUUGUGAUUAAAUGCUCCCCAAACUUGUUAUGGUAGGUUUUUUGGUGAGCUUAACACGGUGUUAAACUGUGGAGUGUGGACCACCGUGCUUAUGUCUUGCUGAUCUGAAGUCAUGCAAAUGUAUCCUGGCGUUUUGCCAAACAAAAAAGAUCAUGCUAACAGAAACUUCUGGAUUUUUUUUUUAUUGUGGACCUCUGUUCUUAUUCCCCAACAGAUGCAACAUGUUUAUGAAUGGGUAGCAUUGCUUGCAUUGGAGAUUGUGCUUUCUUUUGUACUACUUAAUAAAUACUUAAUAGCAUGUAUAAGGUCUGUAUUUGG